AUGAUAAAGCCCCCAGAAUUGAUCCUGAUAUAUCCAUAUCUUGAAUUUGCUGCCACAAUCCAGCCACCAGUGCCCCUCACACUGAGGACUCAGCCUAUCCCUGCCCCACAGAGCUCCUCCUCCUUGCUGAGCGCAGUCCCCAGGAAACCGCAGUCCAUGCCGCCCUUCUGGGCUCCCAGCAGCGCCCUCUCAGCGCUGCCACUCCAGACCAACCAGAACAGCUCCCAGGAGCUCGAGUUCGUGCUGCUGGGCUUCGCGCACGUGCCUACGUUGCGUCCAAUGCUAGCCACACUCUUCCUGGUCAUCUUCCUGAUCACGUUGCUAGGCAACGCAAUCAUUGUGAUGCUCACCAGCCUGGACCCCGGCCUGCGUUCGCCCAUGUACUUCUUCCUGCGCCAGCUGGCGCUGGUGGAGCUCUGCUUCUCUCUGGACGUGGCGCCCCGUCUGCUGGUGACCCUGCUGUGGCCAGGGCGCGGUGUGUCCCCCACGGGCUGUGCCCUGCAGAUGCUCCUAGUGCUGUCCUGUGUUACUUCCGAGUGCUUGCUCCUCACCAUCAUGGCCUGGGACCGCUUCCUGGCCAUCUGCAGGCCUCUGCGCUAUGGAGCCAUCAUGAGCCCCAGGCUGUGCCACCUGCUGGCUGCCACCUGCUGGCUGGCUGGAGUCCCUGUGGCGCUCGUCCUCACCAUCUGGCUCUUCAGCUUCCCCUUCUGUGGGCCUCGUGGAGUCAGGCACUUCUUGUGUGACAUCGCUCCUCUGCUGAGCCUGGUGUGUGCCGACACCAGAGUCUUCGAGGCCAGUGUGCUGGCGGCCACAGUGCUGGUCGUCAUGGCCCCUUUCUGUCUCAUAUCCACAUCCUACAUCUUGAUUCUGGUUGCCGUCCUACGAAUGCCAUCGGCCUCUGGGCGCCACAAGGCCCUGUCCACCUGUGCCUCCCACCUCAUUGUAGUGAUUCUGUUUUAUGGCACGGCAGGGGUCAUCCACUCGCGCCCCAAGGCCAGCUACUCCCCCGAGAGUAAGCAGGUGGUGUCCUUGUCCUACACCAUGGUGACUCCCAUGCUUAACCCCCUCAUCUACAGCCUGCGGAACAAGGAGGUCAAGGCGGCCUUUGGGCGGGUGUGCUGUGGAGGCCAGGGGUCUAGACUAUGUGAAUGA